AUGAACGCAGAACUGUAUUCGCACGACUUGGAGACAUUUCGGGUUCAAGAGUACGUAGGUCGUCUCUUGGGUCUUCCACCUAGGUCAUACGCUGUUGAUCUACAAAAUAGGCAUUAUAAGUGCAGGCAGUUCCAGACUCUUCGAUAUUCGUGUACACAUGUUCACGCAGCAUGUGCCCAUGCAAAACUAGAUGUCGAACAAUUCAUAGACGAGGUCUACAUGCUGCAAUACACUGUGCGUAUGUGGGGGAACGAAUUUCUCGUAAUAUCAAAUGUCUCGAACUGGGAAGUUUCGCCGCUUGCUUUCAAAAUUUUGUUGGACUGCAGUCUUCGUAGACAUUCUAAACGUCGACUACAGUUGACGAGGAUUCGAAAUGACAUGGAUAUCAGGGAAACGGGCGAACCCAAACAAUGCACGGUCUACCGAACAUUCGGCCAUAAUCAAUCAACUUUCCCAUAUUGUGUUUAUAUUCAUAGUCAAUCUUCUCGUAAUGCUAGAUUGGAAGACGACGAAUAG